UUUGAUUGGCAAAUGUUGAUUACGGUCAUGGUAAUUACUUAAUUUGUUGUUUUAUGCGAAAUUGGGACUUUAGUAGUAAAACAUAAGAGACAUCUCUAAAUGGGCCAAAGUGGUGUUCUCACUUUACCUUUUGUCCCCAAUGAGUUACCUCUUUAAGAGGUGAUGCCAACCUUAACUUACACAACUUUUCUUGUUAUUUUCCUUUAAUUUUUGGUUUUUUCUGAAUCUGAUACUUUUUCUUCUGCUUGUUUCCCAUGCAUGGCAUUAUAAAUGAAAUCUUCCAUCCUCUUUUGUUCCAUAGCACAUUCACAUUUUUUCUUUACACAAAAUGGCAAGCCAACCACGCCCACCAUGGUUCCGGUUUUCAUUAGGAAGCCGUGCGCCAGCGCCAGCACCAGCUCCCGCUCCUGCUCGUGCACCAGCGCCUGCACCAAUGCCGGUGCGUCCUUCCUUUCCAAUUAGGCCAACCCUAAAUCAGCAGCCAUCCCCUCCACCACCACCCCAACAGCCGCCACCACCGCGGUCUCCUUCUCCUGCUCCUACUCCACAACCAUCUUCCCCAGUUGCAGCACCAACUACUCCUCGUGCACCACCAAGGCCCUCUACUGCAGCUCCAGUAAGCCCCCCUGCACCUCGCUCACCGGCAUCAACUGCAGCUCCAGUAAGCCCCACUGUUGCACCACCUGCACCUCGCCCACCGGUGCCAGCUGCAGCCCCGACAAUCACAACUGUUGCACCACCUGCACCUCGCCCACCGGUGCCAGCUGCAGCCCCAACAAUCACAACUGUUGCACCACCUGCAUCUCGCCCACCGGUGCCAGCUGUAGCUCCAAUAAGGCCCACUGUUGCACCACCCGCACCUCGCCCACAGGUGCCAGCUGCAGCUCCAAUAAGCCCCACUGUCACACCACCUGCACCUGUUCCACAGGUGCCCGCUGCAGUUCCAGCACCAACUACUGCCCCCGCACCACCAAGGCCCUCUAUUGCACCACCAAUAAGGCCCGCCGUGGCACCUCCUCUAGCUUCACCACCUCGGCCAUCCGUACCCACUGCCCCCGGACCACUAAGGCCUGGCGUUGCACCUUCUCUAGUUUCACCACCACGACCAUCCGUACCGACUGCCCCCACACCAAGGCCCCCAUCAAUAAUAAGGCCUUCUGUUGCAUCAACUCGAUCACCACCUUUGCCGUCCGCACCAGCUCCAGUUCCACCAACACCAAUCAAAACCACCCCAAAAUCUCCCCCUCCCAAAAAAGAAACUCCACCUCCAUCUUCUCCACAAACAAAAUCACCACCACCACCCUCCUCCUCCACCCGAAAAUCCCCUAACCCCAUCCCCACCGCUCAACCUAUCUACACCAAACUGCCUACUCCAACCGCAUCUCCCAAAACAAUCAAACCAUUCGAAGCAGAAUCCCCCAAACCCAAGCCCUUAUCCCGCCCACCCUCACCUCUAACACUGCCACCUGCGCAAACAAAGCUAGACGUCCUCGAGGACAAACCCAUCAAUCGAACUCUGAGAAUGAGCAGAACUCACAACAAUGGCAUUGCUCCCGACGGAAAAAGAGAACCAAACACCCCAAAAGAUAAUAGCAUCAACAAGAAACUCUCAAAUUCCGAGCAGCAGCAGCUGAGGGUGAUCACACUUGCAGGAGAAAACAAGGGAGCAGUAAUGGAACUCAGUCCCUGGCAGAAGAAAGCCCUGCAAAACGGUAAGCAGACGUCAGGGUCAGGCAGUGAUAGCGGUGAAGAAGGAAAAUCAAGAAGCAAGGAUAAAGCGCUUGCGCUUGUACGCGGUCGG